UGCCCUGAUCUUCAGCAGCUCCUCCAGUUUCCUCUUUCCGUAUAUUCAAUAAAUAAGCUUAGAUAAAUCAAUUAAAGUAAAAGCUACCAUAGCGUACUAGUAAUUUGGAGUUGACCAGUGACAAAUAUUGCGAUGAGGAGUGGUCAAGUAGUGGCGCUGUGUUUGACGACUUUACUGCACACUGCAUAUGUGAAUGGACAAUGUGGUUUUCCUGAAUCUUAUCCAGACAUUAGUCUUCUAGAGAAAUUUCAGACAGAGAACGAGUUUCCUGAAGGGCAUGAAGUUUUAUAUCAGUGCAGUCCAGGUUUCCAACAAACCAAUGGAACAGCCAAUAGUAUAUGCAAAGAUGGCAAAUGGACUGCAGUGCAGGUAACGUGUGAACGUAUCAGAUGCAAACCUCCGGAGAAUAUGACAAAUGGGAUGUUCAGUAUUUCGAGUGGCAUCUUCUAUGGAGAUAAAAUUUAUGCUUCUUGUUUCAAAGGUUAUAUGCUUGUGGGCAGAAGCUACAGACAAUGCCUAGCUAAUGGUGUACUGGAUGGAAUAAAUCCACAAUGUGUAGAAGAAACCGCACAAAACACCACACAGAAAAUUUUGCCUAAAUCUUCAGGAGAUUGUGGCAAACCUCCAAGUGUUGAAAAUGCAGUUCCAAGGUCUCAUUUUUUGGAUCAAACUGUGUUUGCCAAUGGAUCAAAACCCUCGUAUUAUGAGUGUGUAACUGGCUAUAGAAGAGCAGAGGGGAAUUUUAGAAUCACUUGCACUGAAAGCAAUUGGAGUUCACCAUCUUUGGUAUGUGUAAGGAAAGAUUGCGGUAGUCCACCACAACUUUAUAAUGGAGAUUUUGACGUAACAGAGGGAAUAGAGUUUGGUGCAACUAUAUUAGCAAAAUGCAAUGAAGGGUAUACAUUAUUGGGCCCAAAGUCCCUAUUGUGUGCUGCUAAUGAGCAUUGGGAAGGUGGUGAUCCUUAUUGUGAAGUUGUCAAAUGUGAAGAACCUCCAAAGAUAAAAAAUGGUCAAAUCACGAACCUACCAAUAGGCUCAGUUACAUUUGGCACAGUUAUAACAUACCAGUGUUUGCGUGGCAGUUUAAUUGGAAAUGCUUCGAUUGUCUGCGACAUCUCUGGCGAGUACAGUUCCUUGCCUCCAAAUUGCACUGAUAUUUCCUGUCCUAAUGUGAUACUGGAUAAUUCAAUAAAGACACAAGGAUUUGGACCAAAAUAUAACUAUGGAGACACUAUUACUUUUGCAUGUAAUAAUGACUACAGAAUAAAUGGAAGUAAAACAGUUAUAUGUGGAAGUGACAAUCAAUGGUCUCCUCUUCCAACCUGUCAAAGAAUUAUUUGUGCUAAUGUUCCAAAUUUGGAAAACGGUAGAAAGAAAUCUGACAAUGGCCCUCCCUACAAUUUCAAGGACACAAUUUAUUUUACCUGUGAAGGUGGAUACAGACUGAUAGGGAGCCACUCCAUCACUUGCAAUGUAAAUGAUGAAUGGUCUUCUGAACUUCCCACCUGUAAGCGAAUUGUUUGUCCUGAUGUUAAGGAUUUGGAAAAUGGUAAGAAAACACCUAGACCUGAUUCCCCCUAUUUCUUCAAUGGCAUAAUUUCUUUUGCCUGUGAUGCUGGAUACAGAUUGGUAGGAAAGCAGACAAUUACAUGUAAUGAAAAUGAAGAAUGGUCUUCUGAACUGCCCACAUGUGAACGGAUUAUUUGUCCUGAUGUUGUUGUGAAGAAUGGCAGUAAGAUAUGUGGACAUGGUGCCCCGUAUUAUAUGAAUGACAUCCUCCAUUUUAUAUGUAAUACUGGAUACACAAUGAUGGGAAGCAACACAAUCACCUGUCAGGAAGAUGGACAUUGGUCUUCUGAGCCUCCAUCCUGUAUGGUAUUUUCUUGUGGAACUCCUGAUAUAUUGCAUAAUGGGAAGAUCAUUGGUUAUAGAGUGUACAAUACCAUACAGAUUGCAUAUGCUGUGUGUGAUAAAGGAUAUUAUUUGCAGAGAGGUGGAAUCCAAGAAUGUCUUGCAAGUGGUUGGAGUGAAUAUUCAGCUGUGUGUGUCAGAGAUGAUAGUUAUGGUGAGUUGUCAAAAACAUUUUAUUGUGUCUUGUGCAAGUGUCCAGCUACAGGAUGGUUUUGACCUGUAUAUAGAUUAAUGAGUGCUAGCAAGUGAGUGACUGUCUCAUGACCUUUGAGCUUUAUUAUUGAAUGCUCUUUUCAGUUAAAUUAUUUAAUUGAUGAUGUGCCAUUUGAAAAGUUGCACUGGCUCCUUGCAGUCUGACAUAGCUUUAAAUUUCACAUGUUCUUGCUUAAUACUUUAAUCCAGUGGGUUUUAGGAGUAAAGUCAGCCAUCUGUCACCCCAUAUUGACACUGUAUUGACAAUAUUAAAGGUGGGGAAAUACCACUGGAUGAGUAGGUUUUUUUAUGGUUUUCUUUGUUUUUUUUCUUUGUUAAAUUUAUAACUUUUUUGAUUGUUGAAAGUUGUUUUAAUUAUUUUAUUUUUAAGACAAUUUACAACCUAGUUAUUGAGAUAAUGUGCCAUUUUGGGGCAUGGGUACAUAAGUACACAUUAUCUUCCUCAACACUUACACUCGAUGACUAAGUGUUUUCGUGCCUGUUUGUUUUUUUUUUUCUUUCUUUAUGCUUCUUAGACAUUUAUAGUAUUUGUAAAUGAUUUAACUCAACUGUUUGCUUCAAUUUAGAGAAUCGAUUUCUAUAUGGCUGGCUAGUGGGGUUCAUCUGUGGACUGCUAAUUCCACUGAUUUUGUUGUACUUAAAAUAUAUGAAAAGAAGACGUAAGUGUCAGAACACCACUGAAAUGCAUUGCAAGAACAAUGGUAUAUCAUCAGAUGAGGAAUCUAACAAGUUUAACACUGAGAAACUAUGAUUCUUCUAGAAAGUCCAAGAUGGUGUUUUUGAAAGAGUGAAAGCUUCUUCUUAGUGUGUGAACAUCUUUUCCCUCUUGUAUGACCCGCUCACCCCAAUUCUGUGGCCAUCAGUUCAUGUUGCCUUUUUUAGUGCCUUGAACAUUACAUCUAGAAAUGCCUUGGUCACAUGAAAGGUAAUAAGCAGAGCUAAUUUCCUACCCGUAGAAUAUGCCACCUCCUUACCUUUGCCAAAAUGCCACCUGUAGCCACAAUGGAGCAUGCUCAAAGAAUGUUUGAAUGUAACUUGUUUGUGUGGCCUAGGGUUUAUUAUACUCGUCACAUUGUUCCAUGUUCUUAAUGAUAAUUGCACUUAUGUAAUGCUUGUGAUGUUUGAUUGAAUUUCACUGCCUUUUUUCCUCAUUACAGUCAGUUUAUAGGUGUGUUUUUUUAUUCAGAAUUAUUUAACAUAAAUGGACCUGUACUUCGUAGUAAAUAUAUUUAUUUUCUGUAUUAUUAGAUUAUUUUUAAGCCAUGUCAUAUUUAAAUGGUAUUUAAGUGAUUCUGUAGUCCAUGUCUGUUUAUGUUUAGAUGGGGCUGAAAAUGAUUACGUGAAAAAUCAUAAACUAAAGGCGGGACAUUAAGUUUAGGUAGGAGUACAAAAUAUUUCCAAUCAUCUAAGAAUUGCUGGCACAAAAGUUUUCGCUUGUGUGCAAAUGUUUUUCUAAGUAACAUUUUAUUAUUGAAAUCUUUAUGAUUAAUUUGAAAGCAUUUUGAGUGAACAUACCCAGUGAUGUUGCCUCUAAAGUUGCACAGAUGUCUAGGUAGAGAAAUAAUUUACUAAACUGUUAAUAAUGCUGAGUGUAGGAAACCAUAUCUACCAAAUUUAAAGUGUGCCUGUUUUCACUUACCGAUUAUGUAGAUUUUUAAGAUUUAUCAUUUUACUAACCAAUGUUUAAUUUAGUAUUUUGCUGCUAGUAAUUUCUUGCCAGUCCUUCCCAGGUGUGUGUGGGUUUUCUUUCCGUUAUCACCAAAGAUGUGCACAUUGCAUUCAUUGGCAGUUCCAACUGGCCCCAUGUGAGUGUGAAAAAACAAUAAUCUUUUUCUGUAAUGAAUUAGAACAUUUUUUAUUCUCAUGUUUUUUUUUGAAGAAAAAAGAUAAAGUUCCUAACACAAUAGACUUCAAUGGGUACCAGCUCAGAAGAAAAAACAAACAGUAUCAAAACAUCCAUGGGGGAAAAAAAAAUCUCAAGUUACUCCUGUUAUAUGAUCCACGUAUCGGGUAUUGCAGGCCUAUGCGCACAAUGCCCCAAACACACACACAUUUUCUAAAAUCUUCUUAAAUGAACCACUUGCUUAAUGUCUUUUUGUGAAUGGCUGAGGAGCGCUGUCAAACCAAAAUGAUCUUUUGAAUUAAGGUCUCGAAUGCUCAAUCAGUUGUUAGCCAAUGUUCCUGCCAAGUAAUAGUGCAUUUGCUUUAUGUCGUAUCCAAAUUUCAAAGCAUGAUCUGAGAGAGAAGUACUGUUAGAUAUUAAAGGUUAAAGAAAUGAUAGUGAAAACAUUAUCAGGUGGAAUUUAUGCCACAUAUACUAUAUUGUCAUACCUGAGGUUCUCCAUCAAACAAAACAUCAAUUCAGCAUUGUAGUUUCACAUUCUGCUGCUCAAAAAACCAUAAAUACAGUUUUCAGGCUUAAUGACCAACGAAUAAGUGGAAGGGCAGUCUGUAAUAAAAAGCUUGAUUGUGUUGUGCUCUCCAUAAGAGGAUUUCCAGAAGUGGUUUAUUUAACAAUAUUUUAUCAAAAAAUAAUGUUUUUGAGACAUUGUGAGCAUUGGACUAGAUACCUGACAAUUGGAUUAUGUGACUUGAUGAAGUUCAGAUUUUUUUUAUGGAUAUUUUAUAUUAUUUGGUGUUUGUAGAACAUUGAGGGACUGGCGAUCUGUCCAGGGAUUGGAACAGCCAUGUGUCCCAUACAUGCUGGGAUAGGCACUAGUUUCUUCUUAUACCUGCCCUGGAUAAGUAAGUUAAAAACAUGGAUGGGUCCCCAUUGAAGCCUAUUGCUCUAGUAACUUUAUCAUCUCCAUUCUCCAUAAAAACAUUAGAUUAACAUUUUUUUUGACAAUUGCUAAAAACAACAUGAGUUAAGUACCAGAUUUUUAAAAAAUGUAUCAUUUUUGGUGGGAGUAUUCAUUUAAUGCUACAAACCCCAGCUUUGCUGGAGCUGUAAACGUGUGUCAGGCUAGCCAAAGUUUGGAGGGGUAGAAACACAAUGGCAAUCAUUUUACCUUUAUCUGCGAAAAGUAUUCAUUACUUUUCAGUUAUCUUCAUUAUGUUAUGACUUCUUAAUGUUGUGUUCUACCCAUUGUCUGCUCAAAACAUAACCUUAUGUGAGACCACCUCUGUUCAGAAUGGUAAGAUCGCCACUUUAGAGUUAAAAAGACAGAACAUUAAGAAUGAUAACAAUGUUAACAGAAAGGUUUAAA